AUGGAAAAGAUAGACACUUCGACCAAUUCCAAGAGAAUUCAAGACCCAUACCUCAAGGUCGUAAAAGGGGACCCCAAUGUCUCCUUUGUUGUUUACUCGGUUGACAAAAAUGCAACAUUGGACGUCUCUGAAACGGGAAACGGCUCAUUGGAUGAAUUUGUUGAAAAUUUCACUGAUGGACAGGUCCAAUUUGGUUUAGCUAGAGUGACUGUCCCUGGCUCUGAUGUUUGGAAAAACAUAUUGGUGGGCUGGUGCCCAGAUAAUGCGCCAGCAAAGUUGAGAAUGUCGUUUGCAAACAAUUUUGCUGAAAUAUCAAAGAUAUUCAGUGGGUACCAUAUCCAAAUCACCGCUAGGGAUCAAGACGACUUGGACGUUGAUGAUUUUUUGAAUAGAGUCUCUGCUGCAGCUGGUGCAAGGUACUCGACUGUAUCAGGAGGUACCGCAGCCUCCAAGAAGCCAACAAAUGCCUCCAAGCCAGUUGUUUCUAAGCCAGUAUCAUCAACUAAUAAGCCCUCAUUUGUUCCAAAAACAACUGGAAAACCAAUUUCUUCUGUCAAUUCCGGUUCCAAGCCUAAACCAGCUUCGAAUAACGACGAUGGAUGGGGCGAUGCGCAAGAUGUUGAAGAACGUGAUUUUGACGAAAAGCCGUUAGAAGAUGUGCCAUCCACCUACAGACCAACCAAGGUCAACAUCGACGAAUUGAGAAAGCAAAAAUCUGACACUGUGAGCUCUACCCCAAAGUCCAAGUUCAAUGCUUCACAGGAUAAACAGGAAAAAGAGGAAUCUCCAAAGCCAUUGAGUGAGCGUAUGAAGACUUAUGAGCAAAAUGAUGGCAGAUUGACUUCACUCCCAAAACCAAAAGUUGGCCACUCUGUUGCCGAUAGAUACAAAGCUAGUGCAUCUUCUUCUUCAUCGUUGUUAUCAGGGGCUCCUUCAUUUGGAGCUAAGCCAACAUUCGGUGCAACUAAGGAUGACAGAAGCGACAAGGUUGUUGGAGGCUUAUCGAGAAAUUUUGGAGCUGAAAAUGGUAAAACUCCAGCGCAAAUUUGGGCUGAAAAGAGAGGUAAGUACAAGACUGUAGCCUCGGAAGAUGGACACGAGACAGAAAAUGAAAAGAAAGAAUCGUUCCAAAAUCAUGCAUCUGAGUUGGCUAGCAAGUUUGAAAAAAGUGCUAACAUCAAUGACGAUGAGGAAGAGGAACAGGAACAGGAACAGGAACAAGAAGAGGAGGUUAAAAAACCAGCUUCUUUGCCAGCCAGAAACUUGCCACCUCCACCACGUAGACAACCAGAACCAGAGCCGGAAGAAGAAGAAGAGGAAGAGGAGGAAGAGGAGCGGCCAGUCAAAUUGCCCGCUAGAAACUUACCACCUUCCUUGCCAUCCCGUGAUUCAAACCAAAAUGAACCUAAGGCACCUUCCUUACCAGCAAGAAACUUACCUCCUGCAAGUAGCGGAUUUGAAGAUGAUGAUGAGGAAGAGGAAGAGGAUGAAGAUGAUAAACCUGCGUCUUUACCCGCAAGAAACUUGCCUCCACCUCCCCCAAGACAACCAGAAGAAGAAGAAGAGGAGGAGGAGGAAGAGCCUGUUCCUGUCGCUGCUGCUGCUGCUGUACCAGACUCACAGAAGGCUGGUUCUGUCACCGCAACAGCAGAGUACGACUACGAAAAAGACGAAGACAAUGAGAUUGGUUUUGAAGAAGGUGAUCUUAUUGUAGAGAUUGAUUUCGUGGAUGAGGAUUGGUGGUCAGGAAAACAUUCCAAAACUGGUGAAGUUGGUCUUUUCCCUGCCAAUUAUGUAACUUUAAACGAGUAG